GAGGCCUCUACUAGAAACACACAUGCUCUGGGGUUCCUGCAUGUCUCUCCUCUGCUCCCUGCGUUCCAUCAGAGCAGGGGUCUGCGACUCCAGAGAAGAAUUUGCUCCGAGAUGGUGCAGGGAUCCCCAGACUUCAGCAGAGACACUGCUACGCCGGCCCGUUCAUCAGGGCUGAGGGGCGUUGGCGGGGAGCUUGCGCAGAGCCUGGCUCCAGCCCAUCAGCUCAGUGAACGCCUAGGAACGUUACAGGACAGAAAACAACCUAGUGUCUAUUAAAGGAGAGAAACCUGCCCCCCGGGUCCCCGCUCUGGGCCGCGUGAGUCACCCCCGCUGCAUGCUCUCAGCUACUCGGAGUCCGACCUCUGGAGGAACGGCCUCCUGCGGACGUUUGGGACCCUGCCCUGGCGGAGGCGGCAAAGCAGCCAGCUGGAGCUCUCAGGCACCGACGCUGGCGGUACGGGUCAUCUGGGGAGCUCACUGGGCCAGUCCUGGCCUUUCGCGCGGCUACAGAGACCUGCGGUCGGCAGUGAUUUGGAUAUGGCAGGCCGGCUUGACCUGUCCUCUGCUGGGAAUCUGGCCGGAGAGCAGGAGACUCCAGAGCCAUCUGCUUGGCCCAUGGACACGACUCCAGGGAAUUCGAAGCCAGCCACACCCAGCCAGGUGGAAAUCUUCACAUUCUUUGACUCUCUGCUGGACAAAGAAGAUGGGAGCUCCUGGGGAGAAUCUGUCUCCAUCGGCAGCACCUCCCUGGACUUCCCUGCCAGCCCCAAGAUGCAGGGGGAAGACUACAAGCAUCCAGCCUCCCAGGAGGAACCCAGCAGAGCCCCAGAGCCUCUGACAGAAUGGGCUGAAAGCCUUUUCCAAGAGUAUUUAGACUCAGGGACCUUCCGCCCUAAGGCAGCGGGACAGCCAGACCAUGUGAGCCAUGGCCAUAGGGAAUCUCUUUCUGAAGCGGAGACCUGUCCGUUCGCCAGUCCUUCCUAUAAUCAGAUCAGCAGGAUGGAGGAACCUGCAAUAGGCAGGGAAAGCCCGGAACGGCCUCUGGAGACCAUCCGGGGGGUUGAACCCGGCCCUGCCAAGAGGCCUGCAAAGAUCCGCUACGAGGUAAUGAUCACUCUGACCAAGGAGCAGGAAGAGGCUGCGAAGAGCAGAGCAGAGGAUCUGCCUGGGGUAUGUGGGAAUGGACUGGGUUCCCACGGAGCCGCGAAGCCAGCUGGGGAGGCCGGAGUUUCUCAGGGGGUUGCUGAGUUGCAGAAAAUGGAUGAGCAAUGUCAUGGGGAACCAGCCAGACCGGCUCCCCAGCUGGCAGCACGCAAGGAAUUCCAAAACUUCACGCUGCAAAGGGAGGGUACUGCUGGGGUGAGCGGGCAGGUCCGCCCAGUCCCAGGGUGCCUGGUGACACCGCUGCAAGGAUCAGUGCCCAGCCCCAGGCAGAGACGGGACUGGCAGGAACAGAGCCUGUCCCACUGCAGGGAUCUCUCGGCAGCGGAGGGGAGAGCCGUCCGCGCGGCAGGAGCCCCGGCCAGCAGCGCCCCCAGCGCCUUCGGGCCGUGCAGAGACGGCAAGGAGGCCCAGUCAGAGAGAGCCGGUGACGCUGGGACGGGGCUAGACGAGAUGAAGAAGGCCAGCGGUAGCGCCUGCGCCCAUCCCCCCAAGCCGGGAAAGUCGACCCAGAGCACCUGGUUCAGCUGGAAGAAAGCGCCUGCUGAUCAGCCCGAGGAAGAGGCCAAGCCCUGCGUCCGCAAGGUCUCCCUGCUGUCGCGGAGGUUAGAGGCCGCCGCCAGCCCCUCCCGGGUGGCGAUGCUGCUGGAGGCCUGGGAAAAGGGGACGAUAGGCAGGGAAUCUGUAGACUUGCCUUCUCCAACAGACAGCAGCUGCUCCCGAUCUCCCGGCCCGCGGAAGGAUUUCUCUGAACACACCCCCGUGUUCUCACAGAUCUAUUCGCCGGUUCAAAAGGAGACGAGGCCGACAGAAAGGGGAAAGCAGGCUGCUGAUAGCACUACGGUCACUGAAUCCCAGAGGGAUGGCCGCCUGCCCCGCGCUGCCAGCACCGCUAUACCCACUGUAUCCCCAAGAGAAAGCCACACGCCCAGUGCUGGUAGCACCACUACACCCACUGGGUCCCCAAGAGAGAGCCACAUGCCCAGUGCGAUUGGCAUCAUUACGCCCAUUGGGUCCCCAAGAGAAAGUCACACGCCCAGUGCAGUUGGCACCAAUACGCCCAUUUGUUCCCCAGGAGAAAGCCACGGGCCCAGUGCUGUUGGCAUCACUACUGUGACCACUUCCCAAAGGCAAUGGCACGUCCCAAAUGCUGGCAGCAUGACUGUAUUUAGGUCCGAAAGGGAAAUCCUCAUGCUCAAAGCCGGAAGCACUGUUGGGUUUAGAUCCAGAAGAGAAGUCAUUGUGCCUACCGUUGAGAGCACCAGUGUAAGCGAAUUCGCACGAGGGAGCGGCACGUCUGUCCCUGGAUCCCCAAGCGAAAGCUGCUGGCCAUGUGCCGGUGGAAGCCUGAUGGUCCUUGGUGAGGCUGCUGGUAGCUCUGCAGCUGGAUCGCCGGGAGAAAGCCGCAUGACGCAAGCCGGCGGCACUGAUGUGAGUGAAUCCCAAGGAGAUGGAGGCAUGCUGGGCGCCUUUAGCACCAGCAUAACUGCGCCCCAGAGGCAGACCAGUCCCUUCGCUGUGAGCAGAUCUGAAACCGACGGCAGCCUGCCAGGUCCGGGUGGCACGGCCACAGCUGGGUCCGAAAUGGAAAGCAGUGCGCCAAGCACUGAGGGAGCCGUUUUAGCUGCACCUGGGACAAAGAACACAUCUCAGGCUGCUGGCGAACCUGGAAAUAGCACCCAAGCAGAAAGUGGCAAUCCAGAGCCUUUAGCUGGAGUGCAGCUGUCGGCCUCCCAGACUAAGGUCAGGGAAGAGGGGGAUGAACCAGCUCGGAACUCCGAGGGAUCUGCCCAAGAGCCAAACGGUUCAUCUGAAGAGACCAAGGCCUCCCCUGAAGCCUUGAGCCAUGCCCAGCCAACGGGGAGUCACCAGGAGAUGACAGAGGAGGACCCCGACCUGUCUGUGGACAUGGAACUUUUGGUGGACACCCUCCGCAACAUGGAGCCCUCCGAAAUCCGAAAGCCUCCCAAGAUCUCCCGGCUGUCGCGCUGUUCCUCGCGUGGAAAAUACGCCACCCUGCCGCCCAUUGAUGAGUAUCACGUCGCUCCCAAGUCCCAGGUUCCCUUCCCGGAGGCCCUCAGCGAGCUCUUUGGUCCGAUGGAAUGGAAGCAGCUGGAGGAGAAUGGACCGAAACAGGAGAACGUGGAUCCCUCUGAGGAGGAGGAAGAGGAGAUCGAGAACCCGUAUCUCAGUAAGGAUGAGAAGCCACAGGCCAAAGAGGAGCCCAGGAAAGUUUACCCCUGGGAAAACAUGUCAACUGCAAUAGAAGAGAAGACGCUGUCUCUCCUGGGAACGUUGAGGCAGCCCCCGGGGGAUGAGAAGGCUUCCAGGAAUCAGAGCAUCCUUUUCAACGCUAACAUCCUCAAAGGCGCCUCCCUGCUGAAAGAGCUCCAGGAGCAGAAGGCAGUCCCCACAGAAGACAAGCCCUACUCCCGCUUGGACAGCAGCCUCCUCUACAGACGGUACAUCUCCUCCGUGACGCCCCCGCUCAAAGCUCUGGAGAAGGAGCGAGAAGGAAGGAGCUCACCCACACCAAUUGACCCGGCUCUGCUAAAUGCCAGCGAGCAGAGCUGGACGCCACCCAAUGGACCACAGUUGAAACCCUGCGAACAGCUGACCUCUGAGCCUUCCCCCGCUGGACUCCAGGAGAUGACAAGAGUCCUCUCUCUGGACCCUCAGAAGGCACCAGGCACAGACAAAAACACUGGCCAGAUUCCUCCGCUCUUCAUGGAGGCUGAGCAGAAAAAUACUCCUCCCCCGUUGCCGGGUCACCCUGCAGCUGGGGUGAGUAAAUCCACACUACGCAGUCAGCAAGAGGCAAAGAACCCCUCCCCGAAGCUCAACGGGAGACCUGGGAAGAUCAUUCUGUUCUCCGAGUCGGGCUUCGCGGGCCAGAAGAGGGAGAUCUGGGGCGACGUCGCCAACGCUACGUCCUGGGAGCUCUCCCACACCAUCUCCAUCCGGGUGGUCCGAGGGGGCUGGCUGAUGUACGAGAAGCCGCGGUUCCACGGGCGGAAGUGUGUGCUGGCCGAGGGGGAUGUGGAGAUCAACAAUCCAUGGACAGCCUAUGGGAAAGACAGGGAGGCACCUGAGAACGCGCCCUUCCGCAUCGGCUCCUUCAAGAGGGUGGUGAGGGAUUACCGGAUCCCCGAGAUCAGUUUGUUUACCGAGGAGAAUGGAGAAGGCACAAAAGUGAAGUUCACGGAUUCCUCAGAAGACACCCGGCUCCGUGGCAAGCCCUUGAAGGCCUCUUCCAUCAUUGUCCACUCUGGCCUGUGGCUCGUUUACUCCAAACCUUUCUUUGAUGACGACCCCUAUGUUUUGGAGCCUGGCGGAUAUCCCAAUUUAAAAGCCUGGGGUGCGAAGGACCCUUCCGUCUGCUCUAUGCAUCCUAUUAAACUGGGCUGCCCUGCUGUAGAGAAACCUGGGGAGCCCAAGGCAGUGAUCUACGAGAAGGCAUGUUUCCAGGGCCACAGCUGCGAAGUGAACCGAGACAUCUAUGCUCUGAAGAAGCAGGAGAACAGCCAGGGCCCUGUGAUGUCCACGGUGGGGUCUCUGCGCAUCCUGGGGGGCUGCUGGGUCGGCUACGAGAAGGAGGGGUUCCGGGGCCACCAGUAUCUGCUGGAGGAAGGCGAAUACCACGACUGGACGCAGUGGGGAGGCUACAGCGACGAGCUGGUGUCCUUACGGCUGAUCCGGACGGACUUCUCGGACCCGGCGCUGGUGCUCUUCGAGGCCAUGGACUUCCAGGAUGGGCCCAGUGUGGAGCUAAGCGAAGCGCUGCCCGACGUGGAGCUGGCCGGCUAUGGAACCACAACCCAGUCCAUCUAUGUGCUGAGUGGAGUGUGGGUGGCCUACGAGAACACGAACUUCUCAGGCGAGCAGUACAUCCUGGAGAAAGGAGUGUAUCGGAACUGCGAGGACUGGGGAGCCAGUGCCGGCCGGAUCGCCUCUGUGCAACCUGUCCUCCAGGUCGGGGAGCACAGUCUGUGUUUUGUCUCCAGGAUCCAGCUGUUCUCAGAACCCGAUUACCUGGGUGAUCACAUCUCCUUUGAGGACGAUCAGGUGUCCCUGCCGGAGGCCUUCGCUCCCCAGUCCUGCAGGGUCCAUGGAGGCAGCUGGAUCCUCUACGACGGCUGGGAGUUCGAGGGGGAACAGCACGUUCUAUCGGACGGCGAGUAUCCGACACUCACCGCCAUGGGCUGCGUCUCAUCCACGGCCAUCCGGUCGCUGCAGAAGGUCCCAAUUUUUUUCUCGGAGCCCUCGAUCUUCCUGCAUGGGCUGGAGUGUUUCGAAGGGAAGGAGAUAGAGCUGACCAGCGAGGUGCGGAGCCUGCAGGCUGAGGGCUUCAAUAACCACGUGCUGUCUGUGCGCGUGAAAGGCGGGAUAUGGGUGCUGUGUGAACACAGCAACUUCCGAGGCCGCCAGUGGCUGCUGGACUGUACGGAGAUCACCAACUGGCUGACCUACAGCGGGCUCCAGCACGUAGGCUCCCUCUACCCCAUCAGACAGAGACGGAUCUACUUCCGGAUAAAAAACGCGGAGCUGCAGUUCUUCCUCUCUGUCCCAGACGACGUUGAGGACAUGAAAGCAGGACGCGUGGUGGUCUCGGACCUGAGUGACCAGAGCAGCUCCAUCUGGUACUACGAGGAGGGGCUCAUCAAAAACCAGGUUGCCCCCACCAUGAGCCUGCAGGUGAUUGGUCAGGCCGGGAAAGGCGCCAAGGUGGUGCUGUGGGCUGAGAGCCGAGUUCCCCGCCAGACCUGGAGAAUCGACUCUUUCGGGCGGAUCUGUAGCCAGAUGUUCGAGGACAUGAUCCUGGAUGUGAAAGGGGGCAGACUGUAUGACCGAGAUCACACCAUCCUCUGGGACGUGGCUGAGGAAAGACCCACGCAGAUCUGGGACAUACAAAUGCUCUAAGAGCUUACAUUCAGGCCUGGAUCCUGGUGGAGGUGCCCCCAAGUGCCCCCAGCUCCUCCCAUGGUCUUUCUGGGUUAUCAGGGUUCCUUGCAAACUGAUUCAGAGGUGCUCCUACCAGAAAGUAUCCCCUGCUCUGGAAUGGAGCCUGGAUGGGCACGUCUCUGCAGCCGCUCCUCUGCCCGCUGGCCAUUCUAGGGUUGUGACUACUCCAGUUCAACCUUUCGUCAAUUCCAGAGAUUGCCUGGGAGUGGAGGUGGCACUGACUGUCCUGUUCCAGCAUUCAGGGGCUCAUCAGGACCCACCUAAACUACAGCGAAUCACCCGUGUAGUGCCAUGCGGUACCCGUGUGCGCACAUGUUGUGAGUGCGUGCCAUGGGCCAUCUGGAGUCCUCAGGCUCCGAGCCGGUUCUGGUGCGACUGAUUUGGGCUGUACAGCAAAGACUGAAACGCAGACUCCUGCCCUGUCAUGGCUUCCUAAGCCCCUGUAUUUAUGUGUGCGUCAGAUAUGAUCCUUUUUCUAACACCAGCUCUCCGGCUGGGUGCUCGGUUUGUAUCACCAGUCGCGCUAACACACUCGUUGAGUUGGUCUCUGAGAUGCCGCUCAAUGGAUGGACGUGAGACACUAGGGCAGGGGUUCUCAAACUGGGGGUCGUGACCCCUCAGGGGGUCGCAAGGUUAUUA